UUGAAUUAAAGUAAGAAGCCAGUAUCGAGCAAAACUUUUGUUUGAUCUCAAAAAUUUUCUUGAGCACUCCAAGGGCGAUUUUCCCAGGGAAAGUGAAUUAUCCGGGUGAGAAAUAGUGCAAAGCAUUUCAAAGACAUCGGAUUUAUAGAAGAAUUGUAUGGCCAGCAUGGGUGUGGAACCAUUGACCCUUGCAAAUGACAUCAAACGGACCAUUGAGCUGCUGGCGAAGCUCGAGAUGAGUGGGGAGAUUCCCACGACAAAGGUGGCUGCUCUGCAGAAGGUGCUCCAGAGUGACUUCUUCAAUGCCGUGAGGGAAGUGUACGAGCAUGUCUAUGAGACUGUGGAUGUCCAGGGAUCGCAGGACGUUAGGGCAUCAGCCACUGCCAAGGCAACAGUUGCCGCAUUUGCUGCCAGCGAGGGACAUGCUCAUCCUCGUGUCGUGGAACUGCCAAAGACAGAUGAGGGUCUAGGAUUCAAUGUAAUGGGUGGUAAGGAGCAAAACUCACCCAUUUACAUCUCCCGGAUCAUCCCAGGAGGGGUGGCUGAUCGCCAUGGAGGACUCAAGAGAGGAGAUCAAUUGCUCUCUGUCAAUGGUGUGUCUGUCGAGGGGGAGAAUCAUGAGAAAGCUGUGGAACUUCUCAAGCAAGCAAUCGGAUCGGUUAAGCUUGUUGUGAGGUACACGCCAAAGGUGCUGGAGGAGAUGGAGUUGCGAUUUGACAAGCAACGAGCAGCCCGUCGACGUCAGUUCCAGUAGAAAAUCAGCGCUCUGAAAAGUUUUUCGUUUUUGUUUUUGUUUGAAAACAUCAAAAUGUGGAACGGAAAUUGUGCCAGAUAAACGCAAAAUAUUAAAUCCACAAAAUCCACUGUCACUGAAUUAGAACUUUAUGCAAGAAGUUUUCUUUGCUUGUCCUUUUAAUUUUUAGAGGAGGUAGUCUGUCUGCCAACUUGUUUUUUUUUUUUAAGUAGUCUAGGAAUUCCAGAGAAUUUUUCUUUUAUUUAAAUUAAUAAGACAACUAUGAGUAUUUUUUCAAUUCAUUUUUAUUAAACAUAUAAUUUCAAUUUUUCUUCACAUUUUUUUUUUACUCAGUUCCUACGCAUCUCAUUUUGCGCUUCUAAAAGUGUAUAAUUUUUCUUUCAUUUUCUUUUCAUUUUAUUUGAAAAUAAAAAUGAAAACAUAAGUUAAUCUAUGAAAGGUUUUACUGAAGAUUUCAAUAGAUCCAAGAAUUUGUCUUCAAGGUUUUUUUUGUGCCCCUUUCCAUUACGUUUUUUUUGUAUUUUCAUCUUUCACUUACAGGUUAUCCUCUGCAUUUUUGAGAAUGUUGCUUUUUUUAAUAAACAAAAUCUUAUUCAAGUCACUCGAAAUGAAUUUCAAGAGCGGCAAAUUUACAAAAAUUCAGAAUUUCGCAAAAGUUUAUAUAAAAUAUUUGAACAAUUGUAUAAACAAAUUAUAAAUCUUUUAUGUUUUUUUUCUAUUUGCGCACUCUUCUAUUUUUAAAAAUAGUUUUCUUGAGUCACAUGUUGCUCUACGUACAAUGACGUCAUCGUAUCCUUUACAUUAUUUUGGAUGCAAAAUCAAAUCAAUAUUUCUGUUAAUUUAUUUUACAUAAUUUUCUUUUAUCAUCAAUCCACAGCAUUGUAAAACAUUGUGUGUCAAGUGUUAAAUAAAACACAAUUUAAAACUG